AACGCAACUCACAUAAUUAUAUCAAGAAAAAAAAAUUCUCUUUGGUUAGGUUCUUGUGCUUGUGUGUGUUCUCGAAAAUUAUUACCGGGCGUAAUAUUUUUCAUUUAUUUUAGAUAUUCUUUAAAGAAACACCAAAAUGACGUCACUGAACCCUAUUAGGAUCUUGAAAAAUGACGCUGAAGAAGAAAAAGCCGAGAUGGCCCGUAUGUCCAGUUUCAUCGGUGCAAUUGCUAUCGGUGAUCUGGUGAAGAGCACCCUGGGUCCUAAGGGAAUGGACAAAAUCUUGGUUUCUAUGGGCAGGAACGCUGGACAGGUUGAAGUCACAAAUGACGGUGCGACUAUAUUAAAGUCGGUCGGAGUUGACAAUCCUGCCGCUAAAAUCUUGGUUGACAUGUCCAAAGUACAGGAUGAUGAAGUUGGUGAUGGAACUACAUCAGUUACUGUCUUAGCUGCCGAGCUUCUACGGGAGGCAGAGAAGCUGAUUGAACAGAAGCUGCACCCACAGACUAUCAUCGCUGGGUGGAGGAUUGCUGUGGAUGCUGCUAAACAAGCCCUUGCUGAAGCUAGCUUUGACCAUGAAAAGAACCUCAAUGAUGCUGCCCUACGUGCUGACUUGGAGAACAUUGCCCGCACCACACUAAGUUCCAAAAUUCUGUCCAAUCACAAAGAACACUUCACAAAACUAGCAGUUGAUGCAGUUCUGAGGCUGAAGGGCUCUGGCAACCUGAAGGCCAUUCAGAUCAUCAAGAUCUCUGGGGGUUUGCUGGAAGAGUCAUUCCUUGAUGAAGGAUUCUUACUAAAUAAGAAGGUUGGAGUACAUCAACCUAAGAGGAUAGAGAAUGCUUCCAUCCUGAUUGCCAACACGCCCAUGGACACAGAUAAGAUCAAAGUGUUUGGUUCCACCAUCAAAGUGGACUCUAUGGCCAAGAUUGCAGAGCUGGAAGUUGCAGAGAAGGAGAAGAUGAAGGACAAAGUUAACAAAAUCCUGGGACACAAAUGCAAUGUCUUCAUUAACAGGCAACUAAUCUACAACUACCCAGAGCAGCUGUUCGCGGACGCGGGCGUGAUGGCGAUCGAGCACGCUGACUUCGACGGCAUCGAGCGGCUGGCGCUCGUCACUGGCGGAGAGAUCGUCUCCACCUUCGACUCUCCGGACAAGGUCAAGCUGGGACACUGCAAGCUUAUUGAACAGGUGCUGAUCGGCGAGGAGAGCUUGAUCCGUUUCUCAGGCGUAGAGCUGGGCUCCGCCUGUACGGUGGUGAUCCGCGGCGCCACGCAGCAGGUUAUCGACGAGGCUGAGCGCUCGCUGCAUGACGCACUCUGCGUACUCGCCGCCACAGUCAAGGAGCCCAAGGUCAUCUAUGGCGGAGGUGCCAGCGAGAUGCUGAUGGCGGAAGCGGUGUCCCAGGCGGCGGCCCGCACGGCCGGCAAGGAGGCGGCGGCGGCCGAGGCGUUCGCCGUGGCGCUGCGCCGCCUGCCCGCCGCCGUGGCCGACAACGCCGGCUACGACAGCGCCGACCUCAUCGCCCGGCUGCGCGCCGCGCAUGCGCAGGGCGAGAACACCAAAGGGCUUGAUAUGGAGCGUGGGUGCGUAGGCGACAUGAAGACCCUUGGAGUGACAGAGUCGUACGUAGUGAAGAGACAAGUGUUACUAUCAGCGUCUGAGGCCGCGGAGAUGAUCCUGCGUGUGGAUAACAUCUUGAAGGCGGCCCCGCGUCGUCGCGGACCCGACCGUCGCCCCUGUUAAGUAAUUUACAACGUCCUCGUAUUGUUAUAAUCAGAAUUGGGCUGAAAGAAGUUUCCUUCUAUUUUGGCCAGGCAGACAAAAACAGGCCAUAUUUUUACUUACCAUGGGAUCAAACGCAAAUCGACAAACCACAAACCGUUCCAACACUGUCAUCGAAGACUCGGGCGCUUUUCAAUGCGGCUCGUCAUGUUAAGUGUAUGUAUCCGUCGCGGAUCAAUUUCUCGAUUUGAGUAUGAUAUCUCUUCUCUCAUGUAUUCAACAAAUAGGUACCAAUGUUUGCCAAGUGACAACGUUCAAUAAUUUAGAUAGAUACAUACAUAAAAUACUUUAUUGAGCACAAUGGACACAAAAUACAGAGAUAAGGACAGCAUAUACAGAAAAGCACAACAGGCGGCCUUAUUGCUCAUGCAAUUUAGUGACUUUACAUGAUAGUAUGCAUAAUAAUGUACUGCAUGUACUACAAUGCAUUUAUAAUUUUGAAAUAAGUUACAAUUCUGAUUAUAAUUAUACGUUUCUAAAACUUAAUUUCUACGCUACAUCUGUAAAGUAAGGAGUUAAAGAAUACAUUUUUACUAGGCCUUUCAAAUAGUCUUUUGACUUCACUUUGCGUUUAUAGCUUUAUGUAUGCAAGAUGUGCUUUAACUGACUUUAAAACCAAUCUUUGGUACAGUGUAUGUCUCACGGUCACAGGCUUUGUUUUACAAAUCCUGAUAGUAUGCUAGCCAGAUCGUAUUACUUUUCUUUUAAUAAAUUAGCAUAGAUUUUAGUUUAUCUGGCCUAUGGUGCCUUGAAUUAAUAAUGCAUUAAUUAACAAUUAUUUAAUAAACCAUAAAACGUCUUAAA